AUGAAUUCGCAUACAACGCCACGCACUGCCUUUCAAGGACGCUCACUGGGCGGCUCUGGAAUUCCUCCGCAAUCAAGACAACCUGUUGCUCCUCAGGUCUCGGCAAACGAGGACUAUAGCACGAUUCCUGAAGAGGAUCGCGAACAUAUUGACGAAGUCGGAUGGCUUAACAGUUACGAAUUCCGACACUCCCUAGCAGCUCUAGGCUUCGAUAUGUCCAAGCCCGACUAUUUUAGAGAACUACAGUCCUACGGCUCAGUACCUCCCGAAUGGCAAGACCCGCAUACCUGCCCUGUCAACCGCCUCUACGUUUACCUGGACCAGUUCCGGUUGUGCGCUGCAAAACUACUAGCCAGUCGGGAUCCUAGACAAGAAGCGACAAAGGUGUUCAACAUGUUUGAUUACGAUGGCGAUGGUGUGAUUUCAUUCGAAGAUAUGCGACGUCUAGCUUCUGAUAUUAAAGAAGAAAGGACGAUGACAGAUGAGGAAAUCCAGAGCAUGAUCGAGCAUCUUGAUCACGAAGGCAAGGGCGGCGUCAAUUUGGAAGAGUUCAUCCAAAUGAUGGAGGAGGCUGGUUAA